AUGAGUACACUCCCGGUUGAUCCGAAGAGAUUUCCAAUUCAAAUACCACCUCGUCAGCGAACUGAAUCGUGUACAUCUGAAUCCUCAUCGGUUCCAACACAACGUGAACGUAGAUUUUCACUCACCGAAAUGCUUGGUCGACGUACCUCAGUUUCGGAGGCUUAUAAGCGUUAUGCAGGAUACACGACUCACGGAGGUAUUUAA